CUCCUGCCAACCCCGCCGGAUGUACUCGACCCUCCGUGCAUCGUUCGCUCCUGUCUUCUCCCCAGUUCUCAGGACAGUCUCUGCUGUAUUCACCACAACUACCAGGAAACUACGACUGCGACGAUCCUACGCUAGCAUGGCCGCUCACGCGACCGUCAACACUACCGCACGCCUCCAGGCCCUUCGCGAGCUCAUGGCGAAGCCGGAAUACGAUGUACAAGCCGUCGUGGUGCCUUCAGAGGACCAGCAUUUCAGCGAGUACAUCGCCCAAUGCGAUGAACGCCGUGCUUUCAUCUCGGGCUUCAACGGAUCUGCCGGAUGUGCGGUUGUCACACCGAAGGGCGCGUAUCUCUUCACGGACGGGAGGUACUUCCUUCAGGCCGAGAAGCAACUAGACGAGAAUUGGACUUUGAUGAAGCAAGGCCUUCCAGACGUCCCAACCUGGCAGGAGUUCUUGUCCAAGAACCUUGAUAGCAACACACGUAUUGGCAUAGACCCUACGCUCAUCUCCGCUUCCGAUGCAGAAACCAUCCAGAAGGCUCUGGAGCCUAAGAAGUCCCAGCUCGUCUCGUUGUCGAAGAACCUAGUCGACCUGGUAUGGUCCGAUCGGCCAUCACGACCAGCAAACAAGAUCUUUCCGCUCGAUGUAAAGUACGCAGGGAAGUCGCACUCAGAGAAGCUCAAGAUCCUUCGUGAAGAGCUGAAGAAGAAAGACGCCAAGUCCAUGGUCGUGAACAUGCUCGACGAGGUCGCCUGGCUAUUCAACCUCCGCGGCUCCGACAUUGACUACAACCCUGUGUUCUUCGCGUACGGCCUAAUAAAUGGAGACAAGACUCUGUUAUUCGUUAACCAGUCACAAUUUGACGAUUCCGUGCGUCAACACCUCCGCUCGGAGGUCGAGGUCCACCCAUACGACACGUUCUUCUCGUACCUCACCCGCCUCGGUUCCGAGCUGAACAGACACAGGAAUGCCAAAGUACUCAUUUCGGACAAAGCGAGCCUUGCAGUCGCGGAGGCGAUAGGCAAGGAUAACAUUAUCGUCACGCGCUCGCCCGUGACGGAUCUGAAGGCGAUCAAGAACGAUGUCGAAAUCGAAGGCUUCAGGCAAUCGCACAUCCGGGACGGCGCAGCCCUCGUGCGCUACUUUGCUUGGUUGGAGGAGCAGCUGAAUGCGGGUGCGGUCCUGAACGAGAGCCAGGCUGCGGACCAGCUCGAGAAGUACCGCUCAGAAAAUGAGUCCUUCAAAGGCUUGUCCUUCCCGACAAUCUCCGCCACGGGCCCCAAUGGUGCUAUCAUCCACUACCAACCUGAACAUGAUGACUGUGCGGUCGUGAAGAAGGACCAGAUCUACCUAUGCGAUUCUGGAGCACAAUACCUCGACGGCACGACGGACGUCACCCGCACAUACCACUUCGGUACGCCGACCCCUGAGGAGAAGCGUGCGUUCACGCGCGUGCUCCAGGGCCACAUCGCGAUCGACGUCGCUGUGUUCCCGAGUGGUACCACGGGAUACCUCCUUGAUCCGUUCGCGCGACGACCUCUAUGGGAAGAUGGGCUUGACUACCGCCAUGGCACAGGCCAUGGCGUCGGCCACUUCCUGAACGUACACGAGGGGCCCCACGGUAUCGGCGUGCGCAUCACCUACAACAGUACACCUCUCAAGCCCUGCAUGACUGUCUCGAACGAGCCUGGGUACUAUGCUGAUGGCCGUUACGGUAUUCGCAUCGAGAACAUCGUCAUCGUCCGCGAGGCGCAUACCCCGAACAACUUCGGUGACAAGGGCUAUCUCCGUUUCGAGCACGUCACCCUCUGUCCCAUGGGCAAGACCCUCAUCGACGUCUCCCUGCUGACUGCAAAGGAGAAGGAAUGGCUAAACGCAUACCAUGAGGAAAUCCAGGAGAAGGUCGCGCCCUUGCUCAAGACCGAUGAGCGCGCGCUGAAAUGGCUCCAGCGCGAAUGCUCACCGCUCUGAGUUCACCGCUCGAGACUGGUUGAGAGCGUCGCAUGCAACAAAAGUGUAUCAUAUGCAACAAGGAUUACGCGCGUCUAUUCAUUUCUUAUAAGGCUGCGUGAAGUAGAGGUGAGAAGACAGUAACGCAGAGAGCACUGUUCGCGAGGCAAGCGUCCAACAUGUCACGUCGAUUUGCGGAAGAACUGGCUGCCCUGGGUCGCGAGCUUCAGCGCGACGAUGGACGACGUAGCCAGCGUCGUCCACCCGAGGCGCGUUGGCCACGGUCCGGCUCCCUGAACACCCAUCUGCCCAACGGUUACAGCGACAAGGUCGUAAAGCAGCACAGAGCCGAACAAUGGACCCGAGUACGCCGUGGCAACGGGGAAGAAGAUGUACGUCAAUGCCUGGACAAUUGAUGAAGGCGGGGGGCGGUAACGCUACGCAAAGGCGGAGACAGUCAGCGCGGGCCUCAUGGGAUGUGUACUGCGCUACUCACGAAAGCGACGCCGCCAUUAUCAAUGAAGUCCAGCACGCCAAUGCCUGCAAACGUCUUCGCAACAAGGUGCGUAAGCUUGUGCAGCAUGGGACUAUCGGGUCGGACAGGGGGCAAGGCCGCAACGGCGAGGAGCUGGACGGCGGUGUUGAUAGUGACGAAGACUUGCGACGCCGCGAAGUUCUGGCGCAGCCAGAAGAACAGCCAUCCCGCUGUAGAUGCCAGCGCUUGUCAGCCUCCACGUCUCUCAUUGAGGCGACAAGCGUGUGGCUUACCGAUGCAGAAGUUGCCGAUGGCGUAAACAGGAACGUAGCUGAGCGCGACCUUCCACGCGCGCUCUUCCUCUUUGUCCG